AUGAAAAGUUUACAUAUAGAAACACCACCAAUUGAUAAAAUAGACAGCAAUAAAAAUUUACAUAUAGAAACACCACUAAUUGAGAAAAUAGACAGUGAUAAAAAUUACAAAAUAUUUUUCAAACUAGAAAAUACACAGCCAAGUGGUUCUUUUAAGUUAAGAGGUAUUGGUUAUCAUUGUCAAAAAUUAGUUGAAAGAGGUUGUUGUCACUUUGUUUCAUCAUCAGGUGGAAAUGCAGGAUUAGCUGUUGCAUAUGUUGGAUUCAAACUUGAAGUACCAGUAACUGUUUUUGUACCAGAGACAACUGCAAUUCAAGUUAUACAUACACUUGAAAAAGAACAUGCCAAAGUUUAUGUUAAAGGUUCUGUUUGGGAUGAAGCACAUUUUUAUGCUCAAAAGUUUGUCGAAGAACAUGAAGGUUCUACUUUAGUACACCCCUUUGAUCAUCCAGAAAUUUGGAGUGGUCAUUCAACUAUGAUACAUGAAAUAAAGCUAAAAUUGCCAGAACCUCCGAGUGCAAUUUUACUCAGUGUAGGAGGUGGUGGACUUCUUUGUGGGGUUUUAGAAGGACUACAUGCAGUAGGAUGGUCUGGUGUACCUGUAAUUGCAUUUGAGACAAUUGGAGCAGAUUGUUUUAACAAAGCAAUAGAGGCAGGCUACCCCAUUAAACUACCAGAAAUUAAAAGUAUUGCAAAGUGCUUAGGUUCAUUGUCUGUGUUACCAAAUGCAUUAGAAUGGUAUGGAAAACAUAAAAUUUUCUCCCAUGUAGUCACUGAUAAAACUGCAGUUUUAGCUUGUUUACAGUUUGCAAAUGAUCAUAAAAUGUUAGUUGAACCUGCUUGUGGAGCAAGUUUGAGUGCAAUUUAUAAUGACACACUUGAAAUAUUACACAAAAUGGGCAGUAUUCCUGACUUAAGUAGCAUAGUUGUAAUUGUUUGUGGUGGUCAAGCAGUUAAUCUGGAUGACAUUCAAUUGUGGAAAGAAAUGUUUGAGUUAUGA